CCCGAUCGUCCAAGCAUUACAAAGGUCGAUCGUGCCCUCAGAAGAGCCUGAAUUGCUUCCUGGCUGUCCCGAAGAUCUGGUUCUUCUCGACCUUGAGCACGUUGAAACGGACCGUCUUGGCCAGAGGACUGCACACACAGCACACACAGAUCAGAUGAGCGCUGUACGCCGUGUGUUGCCGGGGGGAGGGGAGAGGAUGCGUCGUGGUACCGGCACUGUCCGAAAGUGAUGAGGUCUCCCUCCUUGACGUCGAAUGCGGGGCUGCAGUGGACGGAGAAGUUGGCGUGGCGCUUCUCGAACCGGUUGUACUUGGGGAUGUAGUGCAGGUAGUGCGUGCGGACAACUAUCGUACGCUGCAUCUUGGUCGAUAUGCACAUGCCCCUGAACACACAACACAACACACCACACACACAGUAAGUACACACUUUGCCCUCGUCCCUCCCCGUCAGCUGAGAGUGAGCGUGGCCAUCGUUGCGUACUUGAGUAUUCGCCCCCUGAUGCUGACGUUUGAGGUGAAGGGGCACUUCUUGUCGAUGUAGGUGCCCUCCUUGGCCUCCUUUGGGACCUGGAAGCCCAACCCGAUGUCCUUCCAGUACCGCAGACCCUUGGCGCCCUUCUUGGCGAGCAUACGCUUGUUCCCAAGGAAGAUCGCAUCCUGCUUCUGGAACGCACGCUCAGUCUGGUCGGUGGGCACACACACACACACACCACACGCAGCACGACAGACCACACACACCAGAGUGAUGUGCGCACAAGGAGCGGUGCUGCAUUUCGUUUUUUGUGAGAUCUGUGUUGGUUCGCACCUGAUCAAGCGUUGCGUGGGCUGUGGCCGCCAUGGUGCGUGAGAAAGCACUUCUCG